AUGCUCCGUCUGGUCCUGCGGCUGAGGCCGUCUGCAGCGUUGCCUCGGUCCCGCGGUGCCCUACCUGGGCCUGCCCUGAGCUCUCGUCCCGCUCUGGGACCCUGUCAUCUGAGGCGCUAUCACGGCUCUGUCCGGUCCAAGGCUGUUUGCAAUGGAGGUCGUUUCAACACCGUGGUCUUCGCCAGCAGAGCGGCCCUGCUGCAACCCCCCAAGCCCAUCAUGGGAGCCCAGACACAGCGCUUCUACAGCCUGCCACCGCACCAGAAGGUAUGACGACUUCGCUAGCUGACUUCUGUGCUUGUGUGGGCUCUAAAAGGUCCGUUUCAGACAGAAACGUUAGCUUUGCUAGCUAACUAGCUAAUGGUAUUGUCUUUAUUGUAGCUAACAACAUCUAUCGGUGGAGUAGCAGUCAUUGACAGUGACAAGGGAUAACCAUCUUAAUCAGUUAGCCACCCAGAGUCGUUAACUAACCAGCUAGUUAGCGGUGUCCCUGGUAGCGGUGUCCCUGGUAGAGCGUUGUGCCAGUAACCGAAAGGUCGCUGGUUCUAAUCCCCGAGCCGACUAGGUGAAAAAUCUGUCGAUGUGCCCUUGAGCAAGGCACUUAACCCUAAUUGCUCCUGUAAGUCGCUCUGGAUAAGAGCGUCUGCUAAAUGACAAAAAAUUUAUAUGUAAUAGCGGCAGCUAACCAGUCCCUUGUAGUAGCGGCAGCUAACCAGUCCCUUGUAGUAGCGGGAGCUAACCAGUCCCUUGUAGUAGCGGGAGCUAACCAGUCCCUUGUAGUAGCGGGAGCUAACCAGUCCCUUGUAGUAGCGGGAGCUAACCAGUCCCUUGUAGUAGCGGGAGCUAACCAGUCCCUUGUAGUAGCGGGAGCUAACCAGUCCCUUGUAGUAGCGGGAGCUAACCAGUCCCUUGUAGUAGCGGGAGCUAACCAGUCCCUUGUAGUAGCGGGAGCUAACCAGUCCCUUGUAGUAGCGGGAGCUAACCAGUCCCUUGUAGUAGCGGGAGCUAACCAGUCCCUUGUAGUAGCGGGAGCUAACCAGUCCCUUGUAGUAGCGGCAGCUAACCAGUCCCUUGUAGUAGCGGGAGCUAACCAGUCCCUUGUAGUAGUGGGAGCUAACCAGUCCCUUGUAGUAGUGGGAGCUAACCAGUCCCUUGUAAUAGCGGGAGCUAACCAGUCCCUUGUAGUAGUGGGAGCUAACCAGUCCCUUGUAGUAGUGGGAGCUAACCAGUCCCUUGUAGUAGUGGGAGCUAACCAGUCCCUUGUAAUAGCGGCAGCUAACCAGUCCCUUGUAGUAGCGGCAGCUAACCAGUCCCUUGUAGUAGUGGGAGCUAACCAGUCCCUUGUAGUAGUGGGAGCUAACCAGUCCCUUGUAGUAGUGGGAGCUAACCAGUCCCUUGUAGUAGCGGCAGCUAACCAGUCCCUUGUAGUAGCGGCAGCUAACCAGUCCCUUGUAGUAGCGGGAGCUAACCAGUCCCUUGUAGUAGUGGGAGCUAACCAGUCCCUUGUAGUAGUGGGAGCUAACCAGUCCCUUGUAGUAGCGGCAGCUAACCAGUCCCUUGUAGUAGUGGGAGCUAACCAGUCCCUUGUAAUAGCGGGAGCUAACCAGUCCCUUGUAGUAGUGGGAGCUAACCAGUCCCUUGUAGUAGCGGGAGCUAACCAGUCCCUUGUAGUAGUGGGAGCUAACCAGUCCCUUGUAAUAGCGGGAGCUAACCAGUCCCUUGUAGUAGCGGGAGCUAACCAGUCCCUUGUAGUAGCGGCAGCUAACCAGUCCCUUGUAGCUAGUAGUGGGAGCUAACCAGUCCCUUGUAGUAGUGGGAGCUAACCAGUCCCUUGUAGUAGUGGGAGCUAACCAGUCCCUUGUAAUAGCGGGAGCUAACCAGUCCCUUGUAGUAGUGGGAGCUAACCAGUCCCUUGUAGUAGUGGGAGCUAACCAGUCCCUUGUAGUAGCGGCAGCUAACCAGUCCCUUGUAGUAGUGGGAGCUAACCAGUCCCUUGUAGUAGCAGCAGCUAACCAGUCCCUUGUAGUAGCGGGAGCUAACCAGUCCCUUGUAAUAGCGGCAGCUAACCAGUCCCUUGUAGUAGCGGGAGCUAACCAGUCCCUUGUAGUAGUGGCAGCUAACCAGUCCCUUGUAGUAGUGGGAGCUAACCAGUCCCUUGUAGUAGCGGGAGCUAACCAGUCCCUUGUAGUAGCGGCAGCUAACCAACUUGCUAACUAGCAGUGUCCGCGGUAGCAGCGAUCAGAUCUGACCCGCUUGCUUACAGCUGCACAAAGGUCAGGCAGCAUUCCCGUGUAUAUUAGGACAUGGUGGAGCCAGGUCGAGAUAUGGCCUGAAAAACAUACUUCAAUCCAGGGAUGAGAAAUGCAUUGUAUUCUUUAUUGACCCAUUAUUUACCUGACCCAUAUGCAUUGGGUGCAUAACCUGAUUAGGGCGUCUACGCACGGUGCUCAGAAUGACAGAAAUCACGUUUAGAUUAUGGUAAUUCAUAUUAACAGAGGAAGCAAUGAUGUGUGUCCGUACCGCUCACUUUGAAGAUGUUAGGAUAACUGUCAACAUUUACUUUCCCUCAGGCAACAAGAUGAGUAAGGAACCGCAAAAUCACUAGCCUAUGCAUAGGUGCAGCGUGAGUUUCAAGUUUGGGGAAGCAAAUUUUCACCAUAAAAAUGCACCUUUAUAAUAAAGGAUUCCAUGCAUCAUUGCAUUUGCAGACUUACAGUACCAGUCAAAUGUUUGGACACACCUACUAAUUCAAGGGUUUUUCUUUAUUUUUACUAUUUUCUACAUUGUAGAAUAAUAGUGAAGACAUCACAACUAUGAAAUAGCACAUAUGGAAUCAUGUAGUAACCAAAAAAGUGUUAAACAAAUCAAAAAAUAUUUUAUAUUUGAGAUUCUUCAAAGUAGCCACCCUUUGCCUUGAUGACAGCUUUGCACACUCUUGGCAUUAUCUCAACCAGCUUCAUGAGGUAGUCACCUGGAAUGCAUUUCAGUUAAAAGGUGUGCUUUGUUAAUUUGUGGAAUUAAUUUCCUUCUUAAUGCGUUUGAGCCAAUCAGUUGUGUUGUGACAAGGUAGGGUGGGUAUACAGAAGAUGGCCCUAUUUGGUAAAAGACCAAGUCCAUAUUAUGGCAAGAACAGCUCAAAUAAGCAAAGAGAAACGACCGUCCAUCAUUACUUUAAGACAUGAAGGUCAGUCAAUCCGGAAAAGUUCAAGAACUUUUAAAGUUUCUUCAAGUGCAGUCACAAAAACCAUCAAGCGCUAUGAUGAAACUGGCUCUCAUGAGGACCGCCACAGGAAAGGAAGACCCAGAGUUACCUCUGCUGCAGAGGAUAAGUUCAUUAGAGUUACCAGCCUCAGAAAUUGCAGCCCAAAUAAAUGCUUUACGGAGUUCAAGUAACAGACACAUCUCAACAUCAACUGUUCAGAGGAGACUGUGUGGGUCAGGCCUUCAUGGUCGAAUUGUUGCAAAGAAACCACUACUAAAGGACACCAAUAAGAAGAAGAGACCUGCUUGGGCCAAGAAACACGAGCAAUGGACAUUAGACCAGUGGAAAUCUGUCCUUUGGUCUGGAGUCCAAAUUUGAGAUAUUUGGUUCCAACCGCCGUGUCUUUGUGAAAUGCAGAGUAGGUGAACGAAUGAUCUCUGCAUGUGUGGUUCCCACCGUAAAGCAUGGAGGAGGAGGAGGUGUGAUGGUGCUUUGCUGGUGACACUGUCUGUGAUUUAUUUAGAAUUCAAGGCACAUUUAACCAGCAUGGCUACCACAGCAUUCUGCAGCGAUAUGCCAUCCCAUCUGGUUUGGGCUUAGUGGGACUAUCAUCUGUUUUUCAACAGGACAAUGACCCCACACACCUCCAGGAUGUGUAAGGGCUAUUUGACCAAGAAGGAGAGUGAUGGAGUGCUGCAUCAGAUGACCUGGCCUCCACAAUCACCUGACCUCAACCCAAUUGAGAUGGUUUGGGAUGAGUUGGACUGCAGAGUGAAGGAAAAGCAGCCAACAAGUGCUCAGAUAUGUGGGAACUCCUUCAAGACUGUUGGAAAUGCAUUCCAGGUGAAGCUGGUUUAUAGAAUGCAAAGCUGUCAUCCAGGCAAAGGGUGGCUAUUUGAAGAAUCUCAAAUAUAAAAUAUAUUUUGAUUUCUUAACACUUCUUUGGUUACUACAUGAUUCCAUAUGUGUUAUUUCAUAGUUUUGAUGUCUUCACUAGUAGAAAAUAGUAACAAAUUAAGAAAAACCCUGGAAUUAGUAGGUGUGUCCAAACCUUUGACUGGUACUGUAUAUAUGUGUUACUGCUCGACUAAAACAAUCUGGGUCAACCAACAGCCUAACAACCAAACAAUCGACCAGUCGACUAAUUGGUGUCAGCCCUAGAAUAGAUUGGAUAGUCAUAAUUUAGUCUAAUAAUAUAACUCAAUCACUGUUUGCAGAAAAGACAGUUUAGUGCUGAGCGCCUGGGCUAUAGGCUAUAUCAGAUAUGUGCUGAGCGCCUGGGCUAUAGGCUAUAUCAGAUAUGUGCUGAGCGCCUGGGCUAUAGGCUAUAUCAGAUAUGUGCUGAGCGCCUGGGCUAUAGGCUAUAUCAGAUAUGUUUCUUAUUUUUUACAUGGGAAAAACACAUUUUAUGCAGUUCUACUACACUUUACAGUAUAUGACUGGAGACAUUGGCAAAACCUUUUUUAAUAGGACAAAUUACAGGGUAACCUACUCUGCUGACACUGACAAACAGAUCAAUAAAAACGACGUCGUCCAUAUAAUAGGCCUACGAGAAGGGGAGAGGCAUAAACUGGAGGAGGAAAAUAUUGUCCAAAAACAAACUUUUAGUGGCACUGACCCAACAAUGAUAGUGAAUAUGCUCAGUGCUUCCUCACCAGGGAUCUGAUGCUCUCUGCUGUGAAUAUGCUCAGUGAUCCCUCACCAGGGAUCUGAUGCUCUCUGCUGUGAAUAUGCUCAGUGCUUCCUCACCAGGGAUCUGAUGCUCUCUGCUGUGAAUAUGCUCAGUGAUCCCUCACCAGGGAUCUGAUGCUCUCUGCUGUGAAUAUGCUCAGUGCGCCCUCACCAGGGAUCUGAUGCUCUCUGCUGUGAAUAUGCUCAGUGAUCCCUCACCAGGGAUCUGAUGCUCUCUGCUGUGAAUAUGCUCAGUGCUUCCUCACCAGGGAUCUGAUGCUCUCUGCUGUGAAUAUGCUCAGUGCUUCCUCACCAGGGAUCUAAUGCUCUCUGCUGUGAAUAUGCUCAGUGCUUCCUCACCAGGGAUCUAAUGCUCUCUGCUGUGAAUAUGCUCAGUGAUCCCUCACCAGGGAUCUGAUGCUCUCUGCUGUGAAUAUGCUCAGUGAUCCCUCUCAGUGAUCCCUCACCAGGGAUCUGAUGCUGUCUGCUGUGAAUAUGCUCAGUGAUCCCUCACCAGGGAUCUGAUGCUCUCUGCUGUGAAUAUGCUCAGUGAUCCCUCACUAGGGAUCUGAUGCUCUCUGCUGUGAAUAUGCUAAGUGAUCCCUCACCAGGGAUCUGAUGCUCUCCUCUGGUGCCAAUAAGACAGGUUAUAGGCCUACUGUUGUUCGAUCAAUUAAGUUGAGAAUUUUGAUAACUAAAAGACAGAUGUAGUAUUUUCAUUGUCUUCUCUUUACAGCAAAAACAAUUUGCUUUCCAAACUGUUUUCCCACGAUAGUAUUUUGAAAUGGUGAAUGGGAAACGCGCUUCAAUUACCAGUUGAGGAAUAAAAAUACGAGCUGUUUUUAAUUGGGGCCAAAAAGCUAUUUUUAACACACAAUUGCGUUUAUAAUUGUUGCGCAAUGAUUGGGCUUAUAAAAGCGUUGUCUGACAGAUGUUCCCCUCCAAAGCUCUGUAUGCUGUACGCGUGUGGAAAAGUCGAUACGUAACGGAUAUACACAAGCUCCAGACCUAUAAGCAUGACCGGUCAAAUGUUUUUCCAUCAAUUAAUAUUUCCAUCAAAUGUCUUUCCAUCAAUUAACAUUUCCGUCAACUGGUAUUUCCAUCAAUGAACAAUUCCGUCAACUGGUAUUUCCAUCAGUGAAUAUGCUAAAAAUAAUUAUUUUGUGAUGGGAUUUAUUUUCUUCAGGACAAAUUGUAUUUAUUGGCUUUUCCAUUUUUUUGAUGGCCAAAAGCCGGCUAUUACCUGCUAACGGGAAAGCCUGGAGUGUGUGUGUGUAAGAACGUGUGUGUGUUAGGUGGAGCUGCCUGCUCUGUCCCCCACCAUGCAGACUGGAACCAUCGCUCUAAUGUGUCUGUGUCUGUGUCUGUGUGUGUGUCUGUGUGUGUGUGUCUGUGUGUGUGUGUGUCUGUGUGUCUGUGUGUGUGUGUGUGUGUGUGUGUGUGUGUGUCUUAGGUGGAGCUGCCUGCUCUGUCCCCCACCAUGCAGACUGGAACCAUCGCUCUAAUGUGUGUGUGUCUGUGUCUGUGUCUGUGUGUGUGUGUGUGUGUGUGUGUGUUAGGUGGAGCUGCCUGCUCUGUCCCCCACCAUGCAGACUGGAACCAUCGCUCGCUGGGAGAAGAAGGAGGGAGACAAGAUCAACGAGGGAGAUCUGAUAGCAGAGGUGACUAGUUAUAGUUAGUUACCUGAUAGCAGAGGUGACUAGUUAUAGUUAGUGAGAAGCAGUUCAGAUACUAACCCUAACCUGAUCACUGAGGUGAGAAGCAGUUUAGAUACUAACCUGAUCACUGAGGUGAGAACCAGUUCAGACACUAACCUGAUCACUGAGGUGAGAACCAGUUCAGAUACUAACCUGAUCACUGAGGUGAGAACCAGUUCAGAUACUAACCUGAUCACUGAGGUGAGAAGCAGUUUAGAUACUAACACUAACCUGAUCACUGAGGUGAGAACCAGUUCAGAUACUAACCUGAUCACUGAGGUGAGAACCAGUUCAGAUACUAACCCUAACCUGAUUAUUGAGGUGAGAACCAGUUCAGAUACUAACCUGAUCACUGAGGUGAGAACCAGUUCAGAUACUAACCUGAUCACUGAGGUGAGAACCAGUUCAGAUACUAACCCUAACCUGAUUACUGAGGUGAGAACCAGUUCAGAUACUAACCUGAUCACUGAGGUGAGAACCAGUUCAGAUACUAACCCUAACCUGAUUACUGAGGUGAGAACCAGUUCAGAUACUAACCUGAUCACUGAGGUGAGAACCAGUUCAGAUACUAACCCUAACCUGAUUAUUGAGGUGAGAACCAGUUCAGAUACUAACCUGAUCACUGAGGUGAGAACCAGUUCAGAUACUAACCUGAUCACUGAGGUGAGAACCAGUUCAGAUACUAACCUGAUCACUGAGGUGAGAACCAGUUCAGAUACUAACCCUAACCUGAUCACUGAGGUGAGAACCAGUUCAGAUACUAACCUGAUCACUGAGGUGAGAACCAGUUCAGAUACUAACCUGAUCACUGAGGUGAGAACCAGCGAUGCAGUGGUAACAAAAUAAGUGGGUAAACGCUGAUCGCAGUUCCAGUGAUCUUCAAUGCAUUUUUGGGCUAAAGGUGUGUAAAGGCUUCUACUAACUACCUAACAUUUCCUCUGCCUGUUCAGAUACUAAGGCUGCUUUCUAAUAGUUGUUUGAAUCAGAAGAAAGUUCGUUAUUCACUUGGUGACCUGGACGUUUUUGACAGGCAGGUCAAGUUUGUUGAAUUUGAGGAAGGACACUACAUCAAUCUACCUCCUCCUUCUAAAGAUGCACAGGAGUGUCCUUAGCUAUCAGUUACUACAGGAGUGUCCUUAGCUAUCAGUUACUACAGGAGUGUCCUUAGCUAUCAGUUAUUACAGGAGUGUCCUUAGCUAUCAGUUAUAUCAGGAGUAUCCUUAGCUAUCAAUUAUUACAGGAGUGUCCUUAGCUAUCAGUUAUUACAGGAGUACCCUUAGCUAUCAGUUAUUACAGGAGUAUCCUUGGCUAUCAGUUAUUACAGGAGUGUCCUUAGCUAUCAGUUAUAUCAGGAGUAUCCUUAGCUAUCAGUUAUUACAGGAGUGUCCUUAGCUAUCAGUUAUAUCAGGAGUAUCCUUAGCUAUCAGUUAUUACAGGAGUGUCCUUAGCUAUCAGUUAUUACAGGAGUGUCCUUAGCUAUCAGUUAUUACAGGAGUGUCCUUAGCUAUCAGUUAUAUCAGGAGUAUCCUUAGCUAUCAGUUAUUACAGGAGUGUCCUUAGCUAUCAGUUAUUACAGGAGUGUCCUUAGCUAUCAGUUAUAUCAGGAGUAUCCUUAGCUAUCAAUUAUUACAGGAGUGUCCUUAGCUAUCAGUUAUUACAGGAGUACCCUUAGCUAUCAGUUAUUACAGGAGUAUCCUUGGCUAUCAGUUAUUACAGGAGUGUCCUUAGCUAUCAGUUAUAUCAGGAGUAUCCUUAGCUAUCAGUUAUUACAGGAGUGUCCUUAGCUAUCAGUUAUAUCAGGAGUAUCCUUAGCUAUCAGUUAUUACAGGAGUGUCCUUAGCUAUCAGUUAUUACAGGAGUGUCCUUAGCUAUCAGUUAUUACAGGAGUGUCCUUAGCUAUCAGUUAUAUCAGGAGUAUCCUUAGCUAUCAGUUAUUACAGGAGUAUCCUUGGCUAUCAGUUAUUACAGGAGUAUCCUUAGCUAUCAGUUAUAUCAGGAGUAUCCUUAGCUAUCAGUUAUUACAGGAGUGUCCUUAGCUAUCAGUUAUAUCAGGAGUAUCCUUAGCUAUCAGUUAUUACAGGAGUGUCCUUAGCUAUCAGUUAUUACAGGAGUAUCCUUAGCUAUCAGUUAUUACAGGAGUAUCCUUAGCUAUCAGUUAUUACAGGAGUGUCCUUAGCUAUCAGUUAUAUCAGGAGUAUCCUUAGCUAUCAGUUAUUACAGGAGUGUCCUUAGCUAUCAGUUAUUACAGGAGUAUCCUUAGCUAUCAGUUAUUACAGGAGUAUCCUUAGCUAUCAGUUAUUACAGGAGUGUCCUUAGCUAUCAGUUAUUACAGGAGUAUCCUAGGCUAUCAGUUAUUACAAGAGUGUCCUUAGCUAUCAGUUAUAUCAGGAGUAUCCUUAGCUAUCAGUUAUUACAGGAGUGUCCUUAGCUAUCAGUUAUAUCAGGAGUAUCCUUAGCUAUCAGUUAUUACAGGAGUAUCCUUAGCUAUCAGUUAUUACAGGAGUAUCCUUAGCUAUCAGUUAUUACAGGAGUAUCCUUAGCUAUCAGUUAUAUCAGGAGUAUCCUUAGCUAUCAGUUAUAUCAGGAGUAUCCUUAGCUAUCAGUUAUUACAGGAGUGUCCUUAGCUAUCAGUUAUUACAGGAGUGUCCUUAGCUAUCAGUUAUUACAGGAGUAUCCUAGGCUAUCAGUUAUUACAGGAGUGUCCUUAGCUAUCAGUUAUUACAGGAGUAUCCUAGGCUAUCAGUUAUUACAGGAGUGUCCUUAGCUAUCAGUUAUUACAGGAGUGUCCUUAGCUAUCAGUUAUAUCAGGAGUAUCCUUAGCUAUCAGUUAUUACAGGAGUGUCCUUAGCUAUCAGUUAUUACAGGAGUACCCUUAGCUAUCAGUUAUUACAGGAGUAUCCUUGGCUAUCAGUUAUUACAGGAGUGUCCUUAGCUAUCAGUUAUGUCAGGAGUAUCCUUAGCUAUCAGUUAUUACAGGAGUGUCCUUAGCUAUCAGUUAUAUCAGGAGUAUCCUUAGCUAUCAGUUAUUACAGGAGUGUCCUUAUCUAUCAUUUAUUACAGGAGUAUCCUUAGCUAUCAGUUAUUACAGGAGUGUCCUUAGCUAUCAGUUAUUACAGGAGUAUCCUAGGCUAUCAGUUAUUACAAGAGUGUCCUUAGCUAUCAGUUAUAUCAGGAGUAUCCUUAGCUAUCAGUUAUUACAGGAGUGUUCUUAGCUAUCAGUUAUAUCAGGAGUAUCCUUAGCUAUCAGUUAUUACAGGAGUGUCCUUAGCUAUCAGUUAUAUCAGGAGUAUCCUUAGCUAUCAGUUAUUACAGGAGUAUCCUUAGCUAUCAGUUAUUACAGGAGUAUCCUUAGCUAUCAGUUAUAUCAGGAGUAUCCUUAGCUAUCAGUUAUAUCAGGAGUAUCCUUAGCUAUCAGUUAUUACAGGAGUGUCCUUAGCUAUCAGUUAUUACAGGAGUGUCCUUAGCUAUCAGUUAUUACAGGAGUAUCCUAGGCUAUCAGUUAUUACAGGAGUGUCCUUAGCUAUCAGUUAUUACAGGAGUAUCCUAGGCUAUCAGUUAUUACAGGAGUGUCCUUAGCUAUCAGUAAUUACAGGAGUAUCCUUAGCUAUCGGUUAUUACAGGAGUAUCCUUAGCUAUCGGUUAUUACAGGAGUGUCCUUAGCUAUCAGUUAUUACAGGAGUAUCCUAGGCUAUCAGUUAUUACAGGAGUGUCCUUAGCUAUCAGUUAUUACAGGAGUAUCCUAGGCUAUCAGUUAUUACAGGAGUGUCCUUAGCUAUCAGUUAUAUCAGGAGUAUCCUUGGCUAUCGGUUAUAUCAGGAGUAUCCUUAUGAAAGUGUUUUUUGAUUAUUUUCUACAAAACCAAAAAAUCACAAUUUCGGGAAGGGAAUUAUCUGGGAGUUUGAAGGUCACAAAAUCAGAAGGAAAGGAGGGGAGAGAAGACGGAGAGCGUAGAAGAGAGAGAGAGGAGAGAGAGGAGGAGGGAGAGAGGAAGGAGGGAGAGAGAGAGGAAGUUAGGAGAGAGAGCGAGAGAGAGAGAGGACGAGAGGAGAGAGAGGAAGAGGAGAGAGAGAGAGGAGAGGAAGAGGGGGAGAGAGAGGAAGAGGAGAGAGAGGAAGAGGAGAAGAGGAGAGAGCGAGAGAGGAGAGGAGAGAGAGAGAGGCGAGAGAGAGAGGAUAGAAGAGGAGAGAGAGAGAGGAAGAGGAGAGGGAGAGAGAAGAGGAGAGGAAGAGGAGAGAGGAGAGGAGAGGGAGAAGAGAAGAGGAGAGACGCGGGAGAGUAGAGGAGAGAGAGAGGAGAAGGAGAGGAGAGAGGAGAGAGGAAGAGGGAGAGGAGAGAGAGGAGAGGAGAGGAGAGGGAGAGGAGAGCGGAGAGAGAGGAUGGGAGAGGACGAGGAAGCGGGGGAGAGGAGUGAGACGGAGAGUCGAGGAGUCAGCGAGGACGGAGGGCUAGAGAGAGCGGACGAGCGAUAGCUGCGCGAGCGAUAGAAGGCGGCGUAGUAGGAGAGAUGAUAGGCUAGUCUCUUCUAUUCUCUCUCGUCUCUUCUAUCUCUCUCUAUCUCUCUCUCUCUCUCUCUCUCUCUCUUCUCUUCUCUCUCCCUUCUUUACUUUGAACUCCGUGAUGUUUUGAACUUGUGUUCCUCUGUUUCAUACAUAGUGAACACAGACCUGGCUAACUGUGUGUGUGUUAGGUGGAGACUGACAAGGCCACCGUAGGGUUUGAGCUGUUGGAGGAGUGUUACCUGGCUAAGAUCCUGGUACCCGAAGGAACUAGAGACGUCACCGUGGGAGCAGUCAUCUGCAUCACCGUUGACAGGUACGUCUGUGUUUGUGUGUGUGUAUUCUAUAUUCUAUAUAUAUUUGUACUUUUACCCCUUUUUGUCCCCAAUUUCGUGAUAUCCAAUUGGUAGUUAGUCUUGUCCAAUCGCUGCAACUCCCCUACGGACUCGGGAGAGGCGAAGGUCGAGAGCUAUGCGUCCUCCGAAACACGACCCUGGCAAGCUGCAAUGCUUCUUGACACACUGCUCGCUUAACCCGGAGGCCAGCCGCACCAAUGUGUCGGAGGAAACACUGUCCAGCUGGCGAGCGAAGUCAGCUUGCGGGCGCCCGGCCCGCCACAAGGAGUCGCUAGAGCGCGAUGGGACAAGGACAUUUCAGCCGGCCAAACCCUCUCCUAACCCGGACAACGCUGGGCCAAUUGUGCGUCACCUCAUGGGUCUCCCGGUCGCGGCCGGCUUUGACACAGCCUGGGAUCGAACCCGGGUCUGUAGUGACUCCUCAAGCACUGCGCCACUCGGGAGGCCCACUGUGUGUGUAUUCUAACCUGUGUGUGUAUUCUAACCUGUGUGUGUCAUCAGUGCUGAUCUGAUCCCGGCCUUUAAGGACUUGACGUUGGAGAAGCUUGCCACUAGCUUUUCCCCUUCUGCAGCUGCCCCGCCCCCUCCCCCUGCUGCUCCUCCCACCGCCCCCGGCAGCUCCCUGCCCACCCAUAUGAAGGUAGGACACACACCAAACAUUUCACUGGAGAUGGACCAGUCCAUUUAGUCUUAUCAGAAACCUGUCUGUCUCCUCAUCUGGGUGUUAGGUGUGUCUGCCAGCCCUGUCUCCUACUAUGACGAUGGGGACAGUGCAGCGCUGGGAGAAGAAGGUUGGAGAGAAACUCAGUGAAGGAGAUCUACUGGCAGAGAUAGAGACGGACAAGGCUACCAUCGGUCAGUACACACACACACACAGGGUAUACACACGACACGCGGGUGUGGGGUGGGGGCGGGUGUGGGGUGGGGGCGGGUGUGGGGUGGGGGCGGGUAGGUGACGAAAGAGAAAACAACAGAAAAAAUCCUUCAUAUCUACAGGCUACAUGGAGGUUUUUCUUUCAUUAUUUGUAUCUGGCCUCAGCUUUAGAGCUGAACUGUCCUGAUACACACCAAUCACCACAUUUAGAGCUUAACUGUCCUGAUACACACCAAUCACCACAUUUAGAGCUUAACUGUCCUGAUACACACCAAUCACCACAUUUUGGGAACUUUACUGUCGAUCCACUGAGGCAAAAAGGGCAAUGUCUGAGUUUAAUUCAAUAAGAAGGGAGGGUCAGGACAGUGAUGUUUGGGAAAGAUUUAGGUGAAGUGGUCAAAGAGGAUGAUAGCAGUGUUCCAUGUUCUAUGUUAUGUGUGAUGAUUGUGUGGCGUUAUACAAAUUAGACUGUCACAAGACUGGGACUUUAAAAUGGCGCGUCAAGGGAACUCUACUGUUCAGAUGGGUUAAAUGGAAUAGUAGCAUAGCUGAAAUCUGGACACUGACUGUAGGUCAAUAACCUCUCACAGCAUCAUAUCACAGAGUUUCUAAACCCAGAGGCGCAACAUCGCAAGACUUCCAGGAACGCUUGCGAAACAGACCAAUCAGACCAAUCAGACCAAUCAGACCAAUCAGACCAAACAGACCAAACAGACCAAUCAGACCAAUCAGACCAAUCAGACCAAUCAGACCAAUCAGACCAAUCAGACCAAUCAGACGAGGCCGGGGUUUGAGAAGUCCAUGAGAGAAGUGAAAAAAUCUUCCUUAGUUGUUAAUUUUCUCUAAAUCUAAAGGCAGAACCUGGAUUAGAGCCAAUGUCUUCAGUAAUUGAUCAUGUUAUUACUCCAACCUCGUUAGAGUGACAAGCUGACACGUUUUCAUUUUCCUCAAAAACUACUUUAUGUCGAAGGAGUGCCUUUUGAUUUGACGGCUGCACAUGCGCAGUUCCCCGCGAUACAACUGUUAGACCCAAUGGCGCAUUUCUGCGUGAGCUUAGCUAGCCACCGUUGCCAUGACAUCGCCUACAAGCGUGAUCAGGGUUUCUAUUGGAGGAGCAGUUUCUGCCUAGUUCCCCGCGAUACGACCGUUAGACCCAAUGGCGUGUUUCUGCACGAGCUUAGCUAGCCAACGUUGCCAUGACAUCGCCUACCAACGUGAUCAGGGAUUUCUAUUGGAGGAGCAGUUUCUGCCUAUCUCCAUACUGUGCUGUCUUUGCUAAUAUUAACUCCAGCAGAUUUAAGCCUUUUUCACAGUAAAAUUAUAUGCCAAGUGUAAAUUUGGACUGGCGAACAUGAUUGGAGAAAUAUUAUUUAUUUAUUUCAGCAUCUUCAGAGAAUUAAUGUGCGGUUAGGGACCGUUUGUAAAGGGGCUAUCUUUAUCAGCAUCAUAAAAGCUGAUAGUAUUUCAAUGACAAAAUAUGCAUCCAAGCCGAACUGAAAUCAGAAACAUGUUGGGUAGUUUUCAAAUUUUCACAGCUUGUAAUUUCUUUAAACCAGUCAAACUGAUGUCAUUUGGAAAUUUUGCACGGAAAAUCUUCUCCGUGUUUUUUGUUAAUGCAUUUUCUCUUCGGUGCCUAAACAGAGAUGCAGAGAUGAAAGAGAACUUUACCGAUGUCAACUAGAUUGAAGCGUUCAUCGAUUUUAUGACAUAAUUGGUGAACAAUGAUUUAUUUAGUCUUCUAGGGCAGUAAUGACAGAGAAGCUUCAUGUAUCUAAUUCUAAAGAAGUUGACUAACAAGUAGCCUAGCUUACCAACAUGUUGGAAACAAAGGGCCUAUCUAAAGGCUUAGAAAUAUAUAUCCUGCACCCCCUGUCAAAACAUCACUCCGUCAUCUCUGACUGUAUAAUGAUUGUCACUAUCACAUAGUCAGGCGGUUGUCGAUGGGUUAUUAGCUAUUGCGGGCAGGUGUGGAUAAACAAAACAGCCGACCCACGCAUCACUACCACACUGUACACAUUGAUGUUACUCGUGUGUGUGUGUGUGUGUGUGUGUGUGUGUGUGUGUAGGGUUUGAGGUGCAGGAGGAGGGUUACCUGGCUAAGAUCAUGGUGUCUGAGGGAACGCGUGACGUUCCACUGGGCGCUCCUCUCUGCAUCAUCGUGGAGAAGGAGAGUGACAUCGCUGCCUUCAGCGACUACGUAGAGACCGCAGGAGCUGAAGUCUCCACCCCACCCCCCGCUCCUCCCCCCGCCUCAGCACCGGUAACACACAACAUUCUGAUGGCUUGUAUUAUAACUUGUUAGCUAGCGUUGUUAGAGAUCUUGUAUUAUAACUUGUUAGCUAGCGUUGUUAGAGAUCUUGUAUUAUAACUUGUUAGCUAGCGUUGUUAGAGAUCUUGUAUUAUAACUUGUUAGCUAGCGUUGUUAGAUAUCUUGUAUUAUAACUUGUUAGCUAGCGUUGUUAGAGAUCUUGUAUUAUAACUUGUUAGCUAGCGUUGUUAGAGCUCUUGUAUUAUAACUUGUUAGCUAGCGUUGUUAGAGAUCUUGUAUUAUAACUUGUUAGCUAGCGUUGUUAGAGAUCUUAUAUUAUAACUUGUUAGCUAGCGUUGUCAGAGAUCUUGUAUUAUAACUUGCUAGCUAGCGUUGUUAGAGAUCUUGUAUUAUAACUUGUUAGCUAGCGUUGUUAGAGAUCUUGUAUUAUAACUUGUUAGCUAGCGUUGUUAGAGAUCUUGUGUUAUAACUUGCUAGCUAGCGUUGUUAGAGAGCUUGUGUUAUAACUUGCUAGCUAGCGUUGUUAGAGAGCUUGUGUUAUAACUUGCUAGCUAGCGUUGUUAGAGAGCUUGUGUUAUAGUCCCGUGUAGCUCAGUUGGUAGAGCAUGGCGCUUGCAACGCCAGGAUUGUGGGUUCGAUUCCCACGGGGGACCAGUAUGAAAAAAUCAAUAAAAAUGUAUGGAUAAGAGCGUCUGCUAAAUGACUAAAAUGUAAAAUGUUAUAACUUGUUAGCUAGCGUUGUUAGAGAUCUUGUAUUAUAACUUGUUAGCUAGCGUUGUUAGAGAUCUUGUAUUAUAACUUGUUAGCUAGCGUUGUUAGAGAUCUUGUAUUAUAACUUGGUAGCUAAUUAGACAUUUUCAAGAUGGUUAUCUGACAGUCUGGAGAAUACCUGUACAUCAACUCAUAGAAACAGCAACAUUGUGUGUGUGUGUGUGUGUGUGUGUGUGUGCUAGGUUGCAGCCCCCACUCCUGCAGCGCCCCUCCCCACCCCUAGCCCAGCCACCGUUGCCCCGGCAACCCCCAGGAAAGGGCGUGUUUUCGCCAGCCCGCUCGCCAAGACCCUCGCUGCUGAGAAGGGCAUUGACCUGGCCCAGGUCAGCGGUGAGUGCACACACACACACUUACACACACACACACACACACACACACACACACACACCCCUUCUCUCUGACGCUUGUGUGUGUGUGUGUGUUUUUCAGGCUCUGGUCCUGAUGGUAGAGUCACCAGGAAAGACAUUGAGACCUUCGUCCCCCCCAAGGCUGCCCCCCCUGCUGUAAGUCACCACAAGAGCACUUUACUGUGUUUAUCCUAGAUGGGUUUUAACGCUCAGCUUAGUAUUGAUUAUUAUUCAUGCUUAGUAUUGAUUAUUAUACAUGCUUAGUAUUGAUUAUUAUUCAUGCUUAGUAUUGAUUAUUAUUCAUGCUUAGUAUUGAUUAUUAUUCAUGCUUAGUAUUGAUUAUUAUUCAUGAUUAGUAUUGAUUAUUAUUCAUGCUUAGUAUUGAUUAUUAUUCAUGCUUAGUAUUGAUUAUUAUUCAUGCUUAGUAUUGAUUAUUAUUCAUGCUUAGUAUUGAUUAUUAUUCAUGCUUAGUAUUGAUUAUUAUUCAUGCUUAGUAUUGAUUAUUAUUCAUGCUUAGUAUUGAUUAUUAUUCAUGCUUAACAUUGAUUAUUACUAAUGCUCAGCUUAGUAUUGAUUAUUACCAAUGCUUAGCUUAGUAUUGAUUAUUACUAAUACUUAGAAUGUAUUAUUACCAAUGCUUAGCUUAGUAUUGAUUAUUACUAAUGCUUAGCAUUGAUUAUUACUAAUACUUAGUAUGUAUUAUUACCAAUCCUUAGCUUAGUAUUGAUUAUUACUAAUACUUAGUAUGUAUUAUUACCAAUCCUUAGCUUAGUAUUGAUUGUUACUAACGCUCAGCUUAGUAUUGAUUAUUACCAAUGCUUAGCUUAGUAUUGAUUGUUACUAAUACUUAGCUUACAUUUGACAUUGUAGUCCUUUAGCAGACGCUCUUAUCCAGAGCGACUUACAGGAGCAAUUAGGGUUAAGUGCCUUGCUCAAGGGCACAUCGACAGAUUUUUCACCUAGUCGGCUCGGGGAUUAGAACCAGCGACCUUUCGGUUACUGGCACAAUGCUCUUAACCACUAAGCUGCUUAGCUUAGUAUUGAUGAUUAUUAAUAUGUAGUAUUGAUUAUUAUUAAUCCGUAGUAUUGAUUAUUAUUAAUCCGUAGUAUUGAUUAGUCUUAAUCCGUAGUAUUGAUUAGUAUUAAUCCGUAGUAUUGAUUAUUAUGAUGAAUGAGUACUAUUGAUUAUUAUUAUACAUAGUAUUGAUUAUUACCAAUGCUUAGCUUAGUAUUGAUUAUUACCAAUGCUUAGCUUAGUAUUGAUUAUUACCAAUGCUUAGCUUAGUGUUGAUUAUUAUUAAUGCUUAGUAUUGAAUGUUAUUCAUGCUUAGCUUAGUAUUGAUUAUUAUUCAUGCUUAGCUUAGUAUUGAAUAUGAUUCAUGCUUAGCUUAGUAUUGAUAUUUGAGACUUUCAUUGAUUAAUGGUAUGUAGACAGAGAUCUGAUGCAGUGUUUUGUGGGUGUUUCUGUGUGUUUGUGUAGACUCCAGUAUCAGCUGCCCGUAGCCCUGCCCCUACACCCUCCCCAGCCGCUGCCGUUUCAACAGGCACCUUCACCGACAUCCCCAUCAGCAACAUAAGACGGGUGAGCUGAGCUAGCAAGCCAAGGAGGGCUCUGUAAGCGCCAUUAACGGGUCCAAAUUGUGUUUACUUGAACACAAUAUCACAAAUUGUUGUAUAUUCUGGCUGAGCUAGAGGCAUUAAGGUCAUACCACAUGAUCAUACAUCCCCCUGAAAAAUGUUUUACUUGACUGUUAAAAAUUCAACAAUUAUAAUUUAAAGUUACUUAAACAUACAUUUAUUGAAAAUACAAACAAUAUAUUAUUGAAAUCGAUUUACUGUUUCGUUAUUUUUAAACACACACAAGAUAUCUUCACCAUUUAAUAUGUUCGCUGUGCUAAUGUUUAUUGAUCCAAAUUGUGUGAGGAAUAAUCAACGACGUGGAAGGUGUGUUCCGCGACUCCCUAGAGGUUUAUAAAUCCGAGUUGAUUAUUCUUUAUCACAUGCUAUAAUUUACACCAUUUACAAUGUUGACAAUGUGUAAUGUUGAUAGACAAUGUAGUAAUUUACAGUAGAAAGUGUUAUUGUCACAGUAUUAAAUGUUGUUAUUUUCCAGAGAUCAAAUGUGUGUAAUUUGCUUAUAAAUGUGUAUAAUUUCCGAGUUAGAAAUGUGUUAAUUUGCCAGUAGAAAUGUGUUAAUUUGCCAGGUAGAAAUGUGUUAAUUGCCAGUAGAAGUGUGUUAAUUUGCCAGUAGAAAUGUGUUAAUUUGCCGGUAGAAAUGUGUUAAUUUGCCAGUAGAAAUGUGUUAAUUUGCCAGUAGAAAUGUGUUAAUUUGCCGGUAGAAAUGUGUUAAUUUGCCAGUAGAAAUGUGUUAAUUUGCCAGUAGAAAUGUGUUAAUUUGCCAGUAGAAAUGUGUUAAUUUGCCAGUAGAAUGUGUUAAUUUGCCAGUAGAAGUGUGUUAAUUUGCCAGUAGAAAUGUGUUAAUUUGCCAGGUAGAAAGUGUUUAAUUGCCAGUAGAAGUGUGUUAAUUUGCCAGUAGAAAUGUGUUAAUUUGGCCAGUAGAAAUGUGUUAAUUUGCCAGUAGAAGUGUGUUAAUUUGCCCGUAGAAGUGUGUUAAUUUGCCAGUAGAAAUGUGUUCAUUUGCCAGUAGAAAUGUGUUCAUUGCCAGUAGAAAUGGUUAAUUGCCAGUAGAAAUGUGUUAAUUUGCCAGUAGAAAUGUGUUAAUUUGCCAGUAGAAAUGUGUUAUUGCCAGUAGAAAUGUGUUAAUUUGCCAGUAGAAAUGGUGUUAAUUUGCCAGUAGAAAUGUGUUAAUUGCCGUAGAAAUGUGUUAAUUUGCACGGUAGAAAGUGUUAAUUUGCCCGUGAUAGAAAUGUGUUAAUUUGCCGGUCGAAAUGUGUUAAUUUGCCAGUAGAAGUAUGUUAAUUGCCAGUAGAAAUGUGUUAAUUUGCCAGUAGAAUGUGUUAAUUUUGCCAGUAGAAAAUGUGUAAUUUGCCGGUAGAAGUGUAAUUUGCCAGUAGAAAUGUGUUAAUUUGCCGGUAGAAAUGUGUUAAUUUGCGUAGAAAUGUGUUAAUUUGCCGGUAGAAAUGUGUUAAUUUGCCGGUAGAAAUGUGUUAAUUUGCCGGUAGAAAUGUGUUAAUUUGCCGGUAGAAAUGUGUUAAUUUGCCGGUAGAAAUGUGUUAAUUUGCCGGUAGAAAUGUGUUAAUUUGCCGGUAGAAGUGUGUUAAUUUGCCGGUAGAAAUGUGUUAAUUUGCCGGUAGAAAUGUGUUAAUUUGCCAGUAAAUGUGUAAUUGCGUAGGUUUAAUUUGCCAGUAGAAAUGUGUUAAUUUGCCAGUAGAAAUGUGUUAAUUUGCCAGUAGAAAUGUGUUAAUUUGCCAGUAGAAAUGUGUUAAUUUGCCGUAGAAAGUGUUAUUGCCAGUAGAUGUUUAAUUUGCCAGUAGAAAUGUGUUAAUUUGCCGGUAGAAGUGUAAUUCCAGUAAUGUGUUAAUUUGCCGGUAGAAAUGUGUUAAUUUGCCGGUAGAAAUGUGUUAAUUUGCCAGUAGAAAUGUGUUAAUUUGCCGGUAGAAAUGUGUUAAUUUGCCGGUAGAAAUGUGUUAAUUUGCCGGUAGAAAUGUGUUAAUUUGCCAGUAGAAAUGUGUUAAUUUGCCGGUAGAAAUGUGUUAAUUUAGCGGUAGAAAUGUGUUAAUUUGCCGGUAGAAAUGUGUUAAUUUGCCGGUAGAAAUGUGUUAAUUUGCCAGUAGAAAUGUGUUAAUUUGCCGGUAGAAAUGUGUUAAUUUGCCAGUAGAAGUGUGUUAAUUUGCCAGUAGAAGUGUGUUAAUUUGCCAGUAGAAAUGUGUUAAUUUGCCAGUAGAAAUGUGUUAAUUUGCCAGUAGAAAUGUGUUAAUUUGCCAGUAGAAAUGUGUUAAUUUGCCAGUAGAAAUGUGUUCAACAUCCUCUGAAGUAGCUAGCAAGUUGCCUAGAUACUGUAGCUACAGUAGUUGCCAUGGUAACCAAACAUACUUGCUAGUUUAGCUAACCAAACCAUCAGUCCUAGCUUGCCAUUAUGAAAAUCGAAUUCAACAAUGAAAAUAAUGUUUUCAAUUCGACUUUUAUUUUCUAAAUCAGCUCAAACAUAGAACAUGUAAGAAAGUAAUAUAGUCAUUGAAUUCUACCGUGCAAAUAUACUGUGCAUUAUUGGGAAAAUAAUGCACACUCUAGAAUGCCCUUCAAGCCAAUCAGAAACGAGUAUUCAACAAUGCCAUGGUAUAAAUAUAUAUAUUAGUCAACGUUAUAUCUGACUGGAGGAGGACAGGGUGUGGCAUGUGUCUUUUAAUGUCAGGUGUUAUUGUUGUUCCCUAGGUGAUAGUGUUAUUGUUGUUCCCUAGGUGAUAGUGUUAUUGUUGUUCCCUAGGUGAUAUUGUUAUUGUUGUUCCCUAGGUGAUAUUGUUAUUGUUGUUCCCUAGGUGAUAGUGCUAUUGUUGUUCCCUAGGUGACAGUGUUAUUGCUGUUCCCUAGGUGAUAGUGUUAUUGUUGUUCCCUAGGUGAUAGUGUUAUUGUUGUUCCCUAGGUGAUAGUGUUAUUGUUGUUCCCUAGGUGAUAUUGUUAUUGUUGUUCCCUAGGUGAUAGUGCUAUUGUUGUUCCCUAGGUGACAGUGUUAUUGUUGUUCCCUAGGUGAUAGUGUUAUUGUUGUUCCCUAGGUGAUAGUGUUAUUGUUGUUCCCUAGGUGAUAGUGUUAUUGUUGUUCCCUAGGUGAUAGUGUUAUUGUUGUUCCCUAGGUGAUAGUGUUAUUGUUGUUCCCUAGGUGAUAGUGUUAUUGUUGUUCCCUAGGUGAUAGUGUUAUUGUUGUUCCCUAGGUGAUAGUGUUAUUGUUGUUCCCUAGGUGAUAGUGUUAUUGUUGUUCCCUAGGUGAUAGUGUUAUUGCUGUUCCCUAGGUGAUAGUGUUAUUGCUGUUCCCUAGGUGAUAGUGUUAUUGCUGUUCCCUAGGUGAUAGUGUUAUUGUUGUUCCCUAGGUGAUAGUGUUAUUGUUGUUCCCUAGGUGAUAGUGUUAUUGUUGUUCCCUAGGUGAUAGUGUUAUUUGUUGUUCCCUAGGUGAUAGUGUUAUUGUUGUUCCCUAGGUGAUAGUGUUAUUGUUGUUCCCUAGGUGAUAGUGUUAUUGCUGUUCCCUAGGUGAUAGUGUUAUUGUUGUUCCCUAGGUGAUAGUGUUAUUGCUGUUCCCUAGGUGAUAGUGUUAUUGCUGUUCCCUAGGUGAUAGUGUUAUUGCUGUUCCCUAGGUGAUAGUGUUAUUGUUGUUCCCUAGGUGAUAGCCCAGAGGUUGAUGCAGUCGAAGCAGACCAUUCCCCACUACUACCUGUCUGUUGAUGUCAACAUGGACCAAGUCCUGGAACUACGCAUGGAGCUCAACGCUGUGAGUCUGUCUGUCUCUGGCUGUGAGUCUCUCUGUCUGUCGUCUGGCUGGCUGGCUGUCUGUGAGUCUCUCUGUCUGUCGUCUGGCUGGCUGGCUGUCUGUGAGUCUCUCUGUCGUCUGGCUGGCUGGCUGUCUGUGAGUCUCUCUGUCGUCUGGCUGGCUGGCUGGCUGUCUGUGAGUCUCUCUGUCUGUCGUCUGGCUGGCUGGCUGUCUGUGAGUCUCUCUGUCUGUCGUCUGGCUGGCUGGCUGUCUAUGAGUCUCUCUGUCGUCUGGCUGGCUGGCUGUCUGUGAGUCUCUCUGUCGUCUGGCUGGCUGGCUGGCUGGCUGUCUGUGAGUCUCUGGCUAUCUGUCUUUCUGUGAGUCUCUCUGUCUCUGGCUGUGAGUCUCUCUGUCUGGCUGUCUGUCUGGCUGUGAGUCUCUCUGUCUGGCUGUCUGUCUGACUGUGAGUCUCUCUGACUGGCUGUUGUCUGGCUGUGAGUCUCUCUGACUGGCUGUUGUCUGGCUGUGAGUCUAUCUGGCUGGCUGUUGUCUGGCUGUGAGUGUUUGUCUGUCUGUCUGUCUGUAACCUCUCUUCUCACUCUCUCUCCCCCUUCUUGCUCUACCCCCCUCUCUCCCCAUUCUCGCUCUCCCCCCCUCUCUCUCUCUCUCUCUCUCGCUCUCCCCCUUCUCUCUCUCUCCCUCUUCUCUCUCUCUCCCCCUUCACUCUCUCCCUCCCCCCUCUCACUCUCUUUCUCACUCCCUUUCUCCCCCUUUCUCCUCCCCUCUCACUCUUUCUCACUCCCUUUCUCCCCCUUUCUCCUCCCCUCUCUCUCUCUCUCUUUCGUCCUCUCUCUCUCACCCCCGUCUCUGCCUCUCUCCUAGGAGGUAAAGGCCCAGAACAUCAAGCUGAGUGUGAAUGACUUCAUCAUUAAAGCCAGCGCUCUGGCCUGCCUCAAGGUCCCUGAAGCCAACUCCUCAUGGCUCGACUCUGUCAUCCGGCAGUGAGUACACACACUGUAACACCUACUCACACCACGCAAAAAAAUCAAUAGGUCAGGUUUAACCUGUGUGUGUGUGUGUAGGAACCAUGUGGUGGAUGUGAGUGUGGCGGUGAGUACAGCCAAUGGUCUGAUAACUCCCAUCGUGUUCAACGCCCACACCAAAGGACUGGCUGCCAUCAGCUCUGAUGUCACAGCCCUGGCUGCCAAGGCCCGCGACGGGAAACUACAGCCACACGAGUUCCAGGUAACUACCGACUACACACUAAAACACACAAUGAUUACACACACACACACUGAAACAAAUGUGUUAAACACACUCACCCAGUUGGUCCCACAGGUUUUAACCCUAACCCACUCACCCAGUUGGUCCCACAGGUUUGAACCCUAACCCACUCACCCAGUUGGUCCCACAGGUUCCAGGAGUUGAAUCCUCUGUGUGUUUCAGGGAGGCACGUUUACCAUCUCUAACCUGGGAAUGUUUGGCGUCAAGAACUUCUCAGCGAUCAUCAACCCUCCCCAGGCCUGUAUACUGGCAGUAGGAGGCUCCGAGAAGAGACUGCUGCCUGCUGACAAUGAGAAAGGGUAAAUACUCUACCACUAUACUAUACUACUACUAUAACUAUACUAUACUACAUUAUACUACUACUAUACUAUACUAUACUAUACUACUACUACUAUAGCUACACUAUACUAUACAACUACUAUAACUAUACUAUACUACUGCUACUAUAACUAUACAAUACUACUACUAUAACUAUACUAUACUAUACUAUACUACUACUAUAACUACACUACCACUAUACUAUACUACUACUAUAACUACACUAUACUACUACUACUAUAACUACACUAUACUAUACUACUACUACUAUAACUACACUAUACUAUACUACUACUAUAACUACACUAUACUGCUACUAUAACUACACUAUACUAUACUACUACUACUAUAACUACACUAUACUAUACUACUACUAUAACUACACUAUACUGCUACUAUAACUACACUAUACUAUACUACUACUAUAACUACACUACCACUAACAUACUACGAAUAUAAACUGCACUAUACACGCUACGAUAACUACACUAUACGAUACAUACGAACAGCAUACUACUACUAUAACUAGACGAACUACUACAAACGACACGAUACGAACUACUACGAGAACUACACAGACCACUAGUACACUAUAACUACACUAUACACUACUCCUAUACUACACUAUACUAUACUACUACUAUAACUACACUAUGCUAUACUACUACAAUAACUACACUACCACUAUACUAUACUACUACUAUAACUAUACUAUACUACUAUAACUACACUAUACUAUACUACUAAUAUAACUACACUACCAAUAUACUAUACUACUACUAUAACUACACUACCACUAUACUAUACUAUACUACUACUAUAACUACACUCUACUACUACUAUAACUACACUAUACUACUACUACUACUACUACUACUACUACUAUAACUACACUACCACUAUACUAUACUACUACUAUAACUACACUAUACUACACUAUACUAUACUGGUCCUCUGUAGCUCAGCUGGUAGAGCACGGCGCUUGUAACGCCAAGGUAGUGGGUUCCAUCCCCGGGACCACCCAUACACACAAAUGUAUGCACACAUGACUGUAAGUCGCUUUGGAUAUAUUAUUAUUAUUAUUAUUAUUAUUAUUAUUAUUAUUAUUAUUAUUAUUUAUACUACUACUAUAACUACACUAUACUAUACUACUACUAUAACUACACUAUACUAUAUUACUACUAUACUACUACUAUAGCUACACUACCACUAUACUAUAAUACUACUAUAACUACACUAUACUAUACUACUACUAUAACUACACUAUACUGUACUAUACUACUACUGUAACUACACUACCACUAUACUAUACUACUACUAUAACUACACUAUACUAUAUUACUACUAUACUACUACUAUAGCUACACUAACCACUAUACUAUAAUACUACUAUAACUACACUAUACUAUACUACUACUAUAACUACACUAUACUAUACUACUACUAUAACUACACUAUACUGUACUAUACUACUACUAUAACUACACUACCACUAUACUAUACUACUACUAUAACUACACUAUACUAUACUAUACUAUACUACGACUAUACCUACACUAUACUAUACUACUACUAUAACUACACUACCACUAUACUAUACUACUAUAACUACACUAUAGUAUACUAUACUACUAAUAUAACUACACUAUACUAUACUAUACUACUACUAUAACUAUACUAUACUACUAUAACUACACUAUACCACCUCUACACAUACAGUGCAUUCAGAAAGUAUUUAGACCCCUUGACAUUUUCCACAUUUUGUUACGUUACAGCCUUAUUCUAAAAUGGAUUAAAUAAAUGAAAAUCCAAAUCAAUCUACACACAAUACCCCAUAAUGACAAAGCGAAAAGUUUUUUAUUUUUUUACAUUUUAGCAAAUUGAUAAAAAAUGAAAAACAGAAAUACCUUAUUUACAUAAGUAUUCAGACCCUUUGCUAUGAGACUCUAAAUUGAGCUCAGGUGCAUCCUGUUUCCAUUGAUCAUCCUUGAGAUGUUUCUACAACUUGAUUGGAGUCCACCUGUGGUAAAUUCAAUUGAUUGGACAUGAUUUGGAAAGGCACACACCUGUCUUUAUAAGGUCCAACAGUUGACAGUGCAUGUCAGAGCAAAAACCAAGCCAUGAGGUCGAAGGAAUUGUCUGUAGAGCUCAGAGACAGGAUUGUGUCGAGGCACAGAUCUGGGGAAGGGUACCAAAACAUUUCUGCAGCAUUGAAGGUCCCCUAGAACACAGUGGCCUCCAUCAUUCUUAAAUGGAAGCAGUUUGGAACCACCAAGACUCUUCCUAGAGCUGGCCGCCCGGCCAAACUGAGCAAUCGGGGGAGAAGGGCCUUGAUCAAGGAGGUGACCAAUAACCCGAUGGUCACUCUGACAGAGCUCCAUAGUUCCUCUGUGGAGAUGGGAGAACCUUCCAGAAGGACAACCAUCUCUGCAGCACUCCACCAAUCAGGCCUUACGGUAGAGUGGCCAGACAGAAGCCAUUCCUCAGUAAAAGGCUCAUGAUUUAAUAUAUCUACACUAUACAACAUCUACAGUGCCUUUGGAAAGUAUUCAGACCCCUUCAAUCUACACACAAUACCCCAUAAUGACAAAGCAAAAACAGGUUCUUAUAAAUGUUUGCAAAUGUAUUAACAUUUUAAAUUAUAAUAUCACAUUUACAUACAGUACCAGUCAAAAGUUUGGACACACCUACUCAUUCAAGGGUUUUUCUUAAUUUUUACUAUUUUCUACAUUGUAGAAUAAUAGUGAAGACAUCAAAACUAUGAAAUAACACAUAUGGAAUCAUGUAGUAACCAAAAACGUGUUAAACAAAUCAAACCAUAUUUUAUAUUUUAGAUUAUUCAAAGUAGCCACCCUUUGCCUUGAUGACAGCUUUGCACACACUUGGCAUUCUCUCAACCAGCUUCACCUGGAAUGCUUUUCCAACAGUCUUGAAGGAGUUCCCACAUAUGCUGAGCACUUGUUGGCUGCUUUUCCUUCACUCUGCAGUCCAACUCAUUCCAAACCAUCUCAAUUGGGUUGAGGUCGGGGGAUUAGUGGAGGCCAGGUCAUCUGAUGCAGCACUCCAUCACUCUCCUUCUUGGUAAAAUAGCCCUUACACAGCCUGGAGGUGUGUUGGGUCAUUGUCCUGUUGAAAAACAAAUGAUAGACCCACUAAGCCCAAACCAGAUGGGAUGGCGUAUCGCUGGAGAAUGCUGUGGUAGCCAUGCUGGUUAAGUGUGCCUUGAAUUCUAAACAAAUCCCCUACAGUGUCACCAGCAAAGCACCAUCACACCUCCUCCAUACUUCACGGUGGGAUCCACACAUGCGGAGAUCAUCCGUUCACCAACUCUGCGUCUCACAAAGACACGGCGGUUGGAACCAAAAAUCUCAAAUUUGGACUUAUCAGACCAAAAGGACAUAUUUCCACCUGUCUAAUGUCCAUUGCUCGUGUUUCUUGGCCCAAACAAUCUCUUCUUAUUUUUGGUGUCCUUUAGUAGUGGUUUCUUUGCAACAAUUCGACCAUGAAGUCCUGAUUCACGCAGUCUCCUCUGAACAGUUGAUGUUGAGAUGUGUCUGUUAAAUGAACUCUAACAUUUAUUUGGGCUGCAAUUUCUAAGGCUGGUAACUCUAAUGAACGUAUCCUCUGCAGCAGAGGUAACUCUGGGUCUUCCUUUCCUGUGGCGGUCCUCAUGAGAGCCAGUUUCAUCAUAGCGCUUGAUGGUUUUUGUGACUGUACUUUCAUAAUGUGACAUCAUCAUGAUAUUGACAUGUUAGGGUUAGGGACAGGGCCUUUAAAACUAAAGGUGAUUAUACUAUGAUCUGUCGUGUGUGUGUAGGUUUGACGUGGCCAGCAUGAUGUCGGUGACGUUGAGUUGUGACCAUCGCGUGGUGGACGGAGCGGUCGGAGCUCAGUGGCUCGCAGAGUUCAGGAAGUUCCUGGAGAAGCCUGUCACCAUGCUGCUCUGAUUGGACAACACCCUCACCAGGCCAUGCUGUGGUUGGAUGCAGCCAUCGCCAAGCUGAUCUGAUUGGUGGAAACCUUUCAUCAUGCUUCUGUGAUUGGCUGGCCGACAAGGACACUCCCCCUUAAAGGGGUGAGGCAGGACUCCUCCCAGAGUAUAACCCCUCCCCCUCUUUCUCUCGCUCUCUGUAUUUAUUGAGACCAGUUAGUUACAGGUUAGACCAGAGGCCAUAAUGUCACUCUAACACUCAUGUUGUUUAUAAAGGGAACUGU